CCUCCGAAGCGCGAAACUCCGAGACGCGAGCAUCUGCAAAACUCGAGCCCUUGCAUUCCCGCCACGUUUCUGUCUUCACCGAAACACAAAAUACACAAAUUCACUCAAUCAUGGCUGAACAUCCGUCCUUCACUCUCGCCGCGCUUUUGACAGCUGGCGGAACCGCCGGCUAUCUGCGAACGCGCUCAGUCCCUUCUCUCGUCGCCGGUGUCGGACUCGGUGUCUCAUAUGCUUAUGCUGGAUACCUCCUCAAGCAGAACAAGGACUACGGUGCGGAGCUUGCGCUCGCCAACAGUGUGCUUCUUACUGGUUCUGCCGUUCCCAGAAUAAUCAAGACGGGAGCGAGGGCACCUGUGCCGCUUGCCCUUGGUGCUGCUGGUGGACUUGCGACGUACUAUUACCAGAAGAAGUACCGGGAGUUUACGUAUGGCGUUUAAGGGCUGCACCUACGUUGAUUCAUCUCACUGAGGUAGAGACAGUGUGUACAAUAUGAAGCUAAAAUGAACUCACCUCAAUACCCACCCCAUUUGAUCAGAUAUGUGGUUUCAUUCAUGUACACUCUUUGGUUCAGUUGACCGCUGGUGGGCGAGAUUGAACUAUCUCGCAAGUGCUUAUGCUCCGGAAUACGGCAUUGACGAGCAAGUAUAUUACGUGAUGUACGAAGUAAGAUCUUCCCCGCUAAGACCCUAUUCUCUCUUAGAGUUGCUCGCAUGCUUCAAAACGGGACAGAACAGUAAAACAAUCUCGAUAAUUGCUAUAGGAAGACUCCUGACCGCAAUCAAACACCUCAGAAUCACUAAGA